UUGGCCUUCAUCGCGGCGAUUCCCUGGACCAAGGCGAAGCAUUUGAUCGCGGUGCUGGGUUCGCUGUCGACCCGCGACGCCCUCGCCCUCCGCCGCCUGCCCAGGCUUGCCGUCGCGGCCGCCGCGGAGGACGCAGAGCCCGACGUCGGGAUCGGCAGCAUCGGUCAAUUCUCGUGGAAAGAUCUGCUGAACUUCGACGCCUGCACCAAGUGCGGCCGCUGCCACGAGGCCUGCCCAGCCACCGCCAGUGGCGCGCCGCUCAGCCCGCGCGACCUGAUCCUCGACCUGCGCGCCCAUGCCGCGCGCAGCGCCUUCAGGCCGGGAGCGAAUGGCCCGGCGCUGAUCGGCGACGUGAUCGAGGCGGAAGCACUGUGGGCAUGCCGCUCCUGCGGCGCCUGCAUGGAGAUCUGCCCGGUCGGUAUCGAGCACCCACCGAUGAUCGUGCAAAUGCGGCGCCAGCUCGUCGAGGAAGGCGCCAUGGACCAGCAGCUCCGCGACACCCUCGACAUGAUCGCCAACCGCGGCAACAGCUUCGGCGAAAGCCCGCGCAGCCGCGGCGGAUGGACCGCGGCGCUCGAGUUCCCGGUCAAGGACAUCCGCGCCGAGCCGGCCGAGCAUCUUUGGUUCGUCGGCGACUACGCCUCCUACGACCCGCGCAACCAGGACGUGUCGCGCACCGUCGCGCGACUUUUCCGCGCCGCCGGUCUCGAUUUCGGCCUGCUCUACGAUAGUGAGAGGACCGCGGGCAACGACGUGCGCCGGGUCGGCGAGGAAGGGCUCUUCGAAUCGCUUGCCGAACACAAUUUGACGGCGAUGGGCGCGGCGCAGCAGUUUGACGCGAUCGUGACGACCGAUCCCCACAGCUACAACACCAUCCGCAACGAGUAUCCCGACUUCGGCGAUGUCGCGCCGAUCCGCCACUACACGAGCGUCCUCGCGGAGCUGUUGGAGAGCGGGCGCCUCACGGUCGUGAAGCCUCUCGGCAUACGGGUGACACUCCAUGACCCCUGCCAUCUCGGCAGGCUCAACGGCCACUACGACGAGCCGCGCCGGGUGCUGGAGCUCAUCGGCUGCGAGUUGAUCGACAUGCCGCGCUGCCGCGACAACUCGUUCUGCUGCGGCGCCGGCGGCGGGCGCAUCUGGAUGCCCUGA